GUAGUCGAGGAUUAGGGGAAGGAGAAGAAAGUUCUGUGUGUUUAUAUAUUAUAAGCCAUGACGAACAUAACCCUACUGCUCAUCAUCAUGACCCUCACCCUGGUGACAUCACAGACAUUCCAAUACUCCCGUGGAUGGACGAACGGCAAGCGAGACGGCCACAAAACUGGGCUGGACAAGAUCCUGUCCCCGUGCCAAGUGCAGAAGCUGAAGUACUUGGUUAUGGGGAAACCGUUUACGGAAAGAUUGCUCGUACCAUGUGAUGAUGAAGAUGAUGAAAUCCCCAAGAGGUACCGCAACGAUCAUCAGGACAUUUCCGAUACAUUCCAAUGAACGCACCGACCGAGCCAAACGUUGUUAUUAUUUAUUUAUAAGAUACGCUUUCAUUGAUACCAAAUAUAUAGUACAGGUAUAUAGGUGUAUAGGAACUUUAAGACUAGCUCAAUAGUAUAUAUGUCUUUAAACUAUUAUCUUUCUUUAUUUCCAUAUUUUA